GGACGAAAUAGGCACUUUGGUAAAAGACAAUUAAAGGGUUUCUGUUUGGAAAUUGGAACCACAGUGACCGCAGUGCGCUCCUUCCGUGUGAUAACUGCUCGUCUCCGAACAUCUCCGGCACGGCGGCGCUAUAUUUUCCGGCAACCUUAAGCUAAUCAUGGAAGCUCAAUUCUUUCGGUUUCUCAAGAUUGUUGGUGUCGGUUUCAAAGCCAGAGCCGAAUCAGAAGGGCGCUUAUUGUUUCUAAAGCUGGGGUACAGUCACGAGGUGGAACUAAGCGUUCCUCCGGCUGUUCGAGUAUUUUGUUUCAAACCCAAUGUUAUUUGUUGCACCGGAAUAGAUAAGCAAAGGGUGCACCAGUUUGCUGCCGCAGUUCGUAGCUGCAAGCCCCCGGAGGUUUACAAAGGCAAAGGUAUCAUGUAUGUUGAUGAGGUUAUUAAGAAAAAACAGGGAAAGAAAUCAAAGUAAGUGUUUCUGUCGUUAUUUGGUUGCGGUUUUCUCAAGAAUUAGGUUUAACUUUUUGAAUCCGUUUUUGUUCAUGUAACCUGAUCUUUGCUCUUGAGGCCAUAAUGCCGAUUUUAGACAAAUUCAAAGUUAAUAAUCGAGCAUUUGUACUUCAUGUCUUUUGUUAAGUGUUCUUUGUAGUUUUA